CUUUGGGAGGGACCCUUUUUUUUUUUUUUCUUUCCCAGACCCUUUUUCCUCUGGCGCGCAUAAGCUCAGCCCAGCCGUGGAGAGAGAGAGAGAGCCUCUGCAGCGCGGAAUAUAAGAUGCUCUAGUCUUCCUAGGACAUAUUUGUUUGGCGUAUUUUUGCGUGUCCACCUGCUGCUAGUCGUUGGGGCUUCCCCAUUUACUAUCCAUAAACUUGUUGCCAUUGCUAGCCGACUGUGGCGCCGUCAUCGGGUCUUUGCUGUCCUUCGUUUUUGCCAGAAUUGAAAUCGCAAAUCAAAAGAAAAAAACGAAGCCUUUCGCCAGUUCGUCUUGCUAUUGUCCAACAGCUGCGCGGGAGGCGAAGAGGUCAUGUCCACCACCGUAGGUGGUUUCGCCGCAGGCGCUCUGGCGGCUUGCGGAGCCGUCACAGUCACUCACCCGGCCGAAGUGCUCAAGAUCCGACAGCAGCUGCAGGGCGAGCUGCAGCUCAAAGGCGCGCAGCCGCAGUACUAUCGCGGUCCGAUCCACGGCAUCAGCGUCAUCGUCAAGAAUGAGGGCAUCAAGGGCAUAUACCGCGGUCUGGGCGCCGCCUACAUCUACCAGGUGCUGCUCAACGGUUGCCGUCUCGGCUUCUACGAGCCCUUGAGAAAGUCGCUCGCCACGCUGUUCCUCAAGAACGAGAACGCGCAAAACAUGGCCAUCAACGUCUUUGCUGGCGCCUCCUCCGGAAUCCUCGGUGCGGCUGCUGGCAGUCCCUUUUUCCUUGUCAAGACCCGUCUGCAGAGCUUCUCGCCCGUACGACCCGUCGGCACUCAGCACAACUACCGGAAUGCCUGGGAUGGACUGAAACAGAUCUAUCGCGGCGAGGGCUUCUUUGGCCUAUACCGCGGCAUCACUGCCGCCAUGGUUCGAACUGGCUUCGGCUCCUCGGUACAGCUGCCCACAUAUUUCCUGGCCAAGAGGCAACUGGUCAAGCAUGUCGGAAUGGAGGAGGGCCCUGCUCUGCAUCUUGCCAGCAGCAGCGUCAGCGGCUUCGUUGUUUGCUGCGUCAUGCACCCCCCUGACACCAUCAUGUCUCGUCUGUACAACCAGCACGGUAACCUCUACAGCGGCAUCUUCGACUGCCUCGGAAAGACGAUUCGAACAGAAGGAAUCUUCGCCAUCUACAAGGGCUUCAUCCCUCACCUAGCCCGAAUCCUCCCCCACACCAUCUUGACUCUCUCCUUGGCCGAACAGACUGCCAAGCUAGUCAGAAAGGUUGAACACCGCGUUCUGCCCAUGCUAGGGUAUGAGGAAGAGCGCCUCUAAAACUAAAACUCGAGAGAGCUUGCGUUACAAAAAUUCCGGGGUUGAAUACCCACUUUGUCGACCCUGUCAUUUAAAACAGGCUUGAUUUCAUCGCGUACAUUAUCAGUAUAUGUUGUUACGUCUUUAGGACUGCGGUCUCUGGUUAAUAGA